AGCAUCGUAAAAGGGUGACUACACCCUCCUCCUCCUCCUCCUCCUCCUUUGAGAGUCACUUGGGGCAUCUUUUAGGUCAUACAAACAUUUUUACAUAUUCUCUCAACCUCAGCUGCUGGGCGAAACACUUCUACCUCAUCCUCCUCUCCGUAAUCCUCAUCAAACUAGGGUUUUCUUCUGGAAGCUCUCUCUCUCUCUCUCCCUCUCUCGCUCUAUCGCCUUCAAGGUUAGAUUGGCAGCAUAAAUAAAAAUUCAACUUGCAAUUGUGUGUUGGGAGAUCUAACAUGGAGCUGAAGUUUUCUAAGUGGGUUGUUCAGAGAUACUACUUUGUCUUGACCUUCUUGUUGCCAUGAUUUUUUUAAAAACCUUCUAUGCAUCUAUCUAACCAAGGCCUAUUGAUAUCAUGGUUUUUUUUUUUCGCUCUCAGGGGUCAUUCGUUUCUUUUUUUUUUGUUUCACCUGUUGAGCAUUUCGUCGCCUUCUUCUCUCUUUGUCUAUUGUUUGUCACCUUUUUUUAGCCGCAUUAUGGCAGAGCGUCAAUUCGAACCUUUUAUUCUUCUUUUUCUAUUCUAUCGACCUCUUAUUGUUUCUUUUCCAACCUUUCCACGGUUCUAUUCUCUCUCUCCCCACUUGCUUCUUGCUUCUGUGUCUCCUCCACAGUUGUAGUGCAAGCCUUCUUUUCUAGAUACUUAACAUGUCAAGGACGAGGACUGCUGCUUCAGAAGCUCACGAUUCAAUGGAAUCUGAGGAAAGGGUAGACCUUGAUGGUGACAAUGACCCUGAGGAGAUUCUCGAGGAGGAAGUUGAAUACGAAGAAGUUGAAGAGGAGGAAGAAAUUGAAGAGAUUGAGGAGGAGAUAGAAGAAGAGGUGGAAGUGGACGAAGACGAGGAUGUUGCUGCUGCAACUGAGGAGGAAGAAGAAAAGAAAAGGCAUGCUGAACUCCUUGCACUUCCUCCACAUGGUUCAGAGGUUUAUCUUGGAGGGAUUCCCACUGAUGCUACUGAAGGGGACUUAAAGGGCUUCUGUAAUUCAAUAGGGGAAGUUACUGAGGUUAGGAUAAUGAGGGAAAAGGAAUCUGGUGAUGGAAAGGGGUAUGCAUUUGUAACAUUUAGAAACAAGGACCUUGCAGCUGAGGCAAUUGAGAGUCUAAAUAAUACUGAUUUCAGAGGUAAAAGGAUAAAAUGUUCGACUACCCAAGCAAAGCAUCGCAUCUUUCUUGGUAAUGUUCCUAGAAAUUGGAUGGAGUCAGACAUUAAGAAAGCAGCGAAUAAAAUUGGUCCAGGCGUUCAAAUUGUCGAACUCCCAAAGGAACCACAAAAUAUGGGCCGGAAUCGUGGUUUUGCUUUCAUCGAGUAUUACAACCAUGCAUGUGCUGAAUACUCGAAACAAAAAAUGUCAAAUCCUAGUUUUAAGCUUGAUGAUAAUGCCCCAACUGUAAGCUGGGCUGAAUCAAGGAGUGGAGGAGGGGACUCUUCGGCUUCCCAGGUCAAGGCAUUGUACAUCAAGAACUUGCCUAGAGAUAUAACUCAAGAACGCCUAAAGGCAUUAUUUGAACAUCAUGGGAAAAUACUGAAAGUGGUGAUUCCACCAGCAAAACCGGGAAAGGAAGACAGUAGAUAUGGAUUUGUGCAUUACGCAGAGAGGACAAGUGUCAUGCGAGCUUUGAAAAACACUGAAAGAUAUGAGAUUGAUGGUCAUAUGUUGGAUUGUACUCUUGCAAAGCCUCAAGCGGAUCAAAAGGGGAACACAAAUACAGUUCAGAAUAUGCAGAAAUCACAAUUGCAACCAAACUAUCCUCCUCUUCUUAGUUAUGGCAUGGCUCCUAGUCCCUUUGGUGCUCUUGGUGGAUUUGGAGCUUCUGCCUACUCACAACCAUUAAUGCAUGCGGGAGGUCAUGCAGCUGGUGGAAUGUCGAUGAUGCCAAUCAUGUUACCUGAUGGAAGAAUCGGAUACGUCUUGCAACAGCCUGGACUGGCGGCUGUGCCGCAACAACCACCACCAAGGCAUUCUCCACCUUAUAGAGGAGGCAGUGGUUCGAGCAGCAGCAGCAGUAGCAAACGAAGUAGCGACAACGGUAGAGGACGAAGCCGUUACAAUCCUUAUUAGAAAUUUCAAAAUUAUGUCUCCUUUAUUUGGAAAAAAAAUACACUCCCAACCAAGCCAGCAAAACAGAAAGCCAAUUUUAACCAUUGUGUUGUCUUCUUUAUGCCAUUUGUUUUGACUCUUAAAGAUUUUGCGGGUGGCAAUGGGGAAUCGUUUAACUUUUUUUUUU